AUGCUUCCGAUCGCGAAACGAGUGCUGGCACAAAAGGCCACUGGCCUCAUAGCGCGCGCGCACGCCUACAGCCUCGGCGCACAACGGCAGCGCCUGCAAUCCACAUUGGCUAUCCUCGAACAGAAGGAUGGUGUACUCAACCACAGCUCGUUGAGCGCCUUCACAGCUGCGAAGAAGCUGGGUGGGCCAGUACAUGGAUUUAUUGCUGGCAACAACAUCAAGCCCGUGGCUGAGGAGAUUGCCAAAGCUGAGGGGGUGGAAAAGAUCAUUGCUGUCGAUAAUAGUGCAUAUGAGAAGGUUGGUGGAAAGGGUCUCCCCGAGAACUAUGCUCCCCUCUUGGUUGAGAAUAUCAAGAAAGGCGGCUACACACACGUCAUUGCAGGCCACACUGCAUUCGGCAAGAGUGUCAUGCCCCGAGUGGCCGCUCUGCUCGAUUCGCAGCAGAUCUCAGAUAUCACAGCAAUUGAGAACGAGAACACAUUCGUCCGCCCCAUCUACGCCGGUAACGCGAUCGCCACCGUUGAAUCUUCAGACUCUGUCAAAGUUAUCACCAUUCGAGGAACUGCCUUCGCUGCUGGCCCCCUAGAAGGAGGCUCCGCCACCGUCGAGGAUGGAGUUGACUCCAAGCCCGAGUCACCUACCGAGUGGGUGUCGGAAGAUUUGGCCAAGUCAGACCGUCCUGAUCUUUCGACUGCAAGUCGCGUCGUGUCUGGAGGCCGUGGUCUCAAGUCCAAGGAGGAGUUCGACAAGGUCAUGCUUCCCCUCGCUGAUGCCCUUGGUGCUGCUGUCGGUGCCUCUCGUGCUGCUGUUGACAGUGGCUAUGCCGAUAACAGUCUGCAGGUGGGCCAAACAGGCAAGGUUGUUGCUCCUCAGUUGUACAUGGCAGUGGGCAUCUCGGGUGCGAUUCAACAUCUUGCAGGUAUGAAGGAUAGCAAGGUCAUUGCUGCGAUUAACAAGGAUCCCGAUGCUCCCAUCUUCCAGGUUGCCGAUGUCGGUCUGGUUGGUGACUUAUUUGAAAAGGUACCUGAGCUGACUGAAAAGGUCAAGAGCUCCUAA